ACUUUCGCGUGUUUGGAAGGCUGCGGUUUGUUUAAACAAGGAUGCGUGGUUUGCGUGACUGGACGUCAUUUGCGUGACGCAGCGCUCGUGCCGCUGGCUAGGCUGCUAUAGGGUUUGUGUUGGUUUAAGGUUAGCAGGCUAACCUCAAGGGGAGUGGUUGUCAAAGUGCCAUCAGUUUGUUAAAUAAAAGGAAGAAAAGUUCUCCUACACGAGAAGGAACAGGUGCAGAAACCGUGACAAAGCUGUUUAUUUAGUCAGGAAGGCCAUUGUUCAGCAAGUGUAUGUGUGCAGCCUGCAAACCCCCCGAGUGCUGACGAGUGUGUGUACAGUUGGCUGGCAUGGGGAAUGGAGUACAGGAACAUCGGGGGGCGCUCACACAGGGUGAGGUGCUGCCAAGGCCAUCCUCCAGCCAACCAGAGGGUUUUAAACAGGGCCGGUCUGUGCUGAACUCGUUGAUCUCUGGAGCCUUCGCAGGAGCUGUGGCUAAAACAGCUGUAGCUCCACUGGACAGGACCAAGAUCAUCUUCCAAGUGUCUUCAAACAGAUUUUCUGCCAAGGAAGCGUACCGGUUGAUUUAUCGAACUUAUCUGAAGGAAGGCUUCCUGAGCUUAUGGAGGGGCAACUCAGCCACCAUGGUGAGGGUCAUCCCUUAUGCUGCCAUCCAGUUUUGUGCCCACGAACAAUACAAGAGACUUCUAGGAGGCUAUUAUGGCUUUCAGGGCAAGGCUCUGCCUCCUAUUCCGAGACUCCUGGCUGGCUCGCUGGCUGGCACCACAGCCGCUAUGAUCACAUACCCGCUGGACAUGGUGCGCGCCCGCAUGGCAGUCACACCAAAAGAAAUGUACAGUAAUAUAAUACACGUGUUUGUGCGGAUCUCUCGUGAGGAAGGACUGAAGACCCUCUACAGGGGAUUCACUCCAACUAUACUCGGUGUAGUUCCGUACGCAGGCCUCAGCUUCUACACCUACGAGACGCUUAAGAAAGUCCAUGCAGAGAAGACUGGAAGAGCUUACCCCUACUCAUACGAACGGCUGGCGUUUGGUGCGUGCGCCGGCCUCAUCGGUCAGUCAGCAUCAUACCCGCUGGACGUGGUACGACGGCGCAUGCAGACAGCAGGCGUGACUGGGCACACAUACAGCACCAUCAUAGGCACCAUGCGAGAGAUCGUGUCAGAGGAGGGCGUCAUUCGCGGCCUGUACAAAGGCCUGAGCAUGAACUGGGUCAAAGGGCCAAUUGCUGUUGGCAUCAGCUUCAUGACCUUUGACCUCACCCAGAUCUUGCUGCGUAAGGUGGGUGCACGAUAGCCAUUCAUGUUGGGGGAAGACUUUUUAGAGGCAGCACCGUAAUCAAAAUGUCUGCUCAUAUCCCUGUAUCUGAGGUAGCCUGGAAAGGAAUAAACAGGGUCUUCUUGCUGCCUGUGUCGGGCCCAGGCGCACAUGCUGCCAGAGAAAACAGGAAGUUUAUUAACUGAUGCACAAGCGCAGAGACAAAUUUGUGGAAGUAUGUGUUUCCACAUUUUACAGGAAUGUGAAAUGACAUUUUAUCAAUUUUUGUUUUCUGAGUUAGAGAAUCUGUGCACACUGUGUGUGUGCGUGUGUGUGUGUGUGUGUGUGUGCAACUGAGUUACAGACAGAGACAGAUUGAAUGUAUUUCCUGUAUGAUCUCUCUCUUUAUACUGCCAUUUCCUAAGUGUUUAAGUCCGACAACAUUCAGUAAAGGCAGUAAAGGUGUAAUAUGUUAGAGCUGGGCGAUAUUCACAUCACUGUGAUGUAUAAGGAAUGAGCAUACAUUUUUAUGAAAAAAAUCAUAUUUUCUUCAGUAUCAUUCAGUUAAACCUUCUUGGUUGCCAGCAGCCAAUCAGGUGAUAGACAUGACGGGGUAAGAUUGUGAUUUAGUUAUGUAUGGAGACCAAUGUAAAUUGGGGCUUAGGGUUUAGGUCUUAAAUAAAAAUGAUUUAAAUUAAUUGAAAUAGAGUGAAAGUCUAAACUGCCUGCUUCUGUUUAAUGUGUGCAUUUUUUAAAAUGUAAAUAUGGAAAAACUUACAAGAGAAAAAAAUAAUCAUAUAUUCACAUAUCGCUCAGCUCAGCUUCAUGCUUGAACAUGAAACACUUUAUCCUCUAUUCUUAUUGAUACACUCUGUAUCUAUACUUUCUCUCUUCUGUAUUUCUGUCUCCUCGUCUCCUGACUUGUGAUGUCUGAUGCGUUCGAGCUGUCUCGAUCACUAAUUAGCACAUUUGGGUUUUUUUUGUCAAUUUUCCGUUAUGGUAUAAAUCCUAAAGAGCAUUUUAUUUCGUUUCAGUCGUAUGAACUUGAGACAUUCACUUAGUAGAGAACCUAUAAAUGUUUAUAGAGAAACCGCAAUAAGGAUGUAAUGGAGCAGAACGGAGAGGUGUGCCGGGAAAGUUUGGAGCGUCUCGCUACUCUGGCUCACUGUUGAUAAAUGAAUGGUGUCCACUGCCUCUAUCUUUAUCCUGUGAAGUAUGUGGAGUUAGGUCCAAAGGCAGGUGUGUUUGUGUGUGUGUCCGAGAGAUCGGACCAGCUGUUUGCAGUAAAAUGUAGUUUGGCCCUUAUUGAGCGCUGUGUGUGUGUGGCGGUGGUUCAUCGUCUCUGAGCUUCUGUAGUUUUGCCCCAGUGCAGAUUAAGAUACGCGAGCUCAUGUUAGUUGUGUAAUCUAUAUGAGGAUAUACUAAGUGCCUACAGGGAGAGGAGAAAGAUAGAACUGAAACACACAAUCGGAACAGUAACAGUACACAGUUCAUAUGCUCGAGGUACCAUUCCAGAGACAGAGCGGUACAGCUGAGUCACCUUGUUUCUGAAGCUUCUUACAGUUGUUUGUCUCCUAAAUCUUAAUGCCAUGUGAUCGUGUGGGAUUAAAGUGCAAUAGGUAAAAGCUAGUUCUGAGUAACUGCACGAUUUUAAUAUCAUCCACAUUUAGCUGUUUGGUGUUCUGAUGAAUCACCUUCCAAAUAAUCGUUUGGUAUUUAAUAACUCCUGAGGAAACUUAAAGGAAUGCUCCAGCACUUUUCUGUGUCUUUUUGUGUGAUCUUUUCGUCAGAUUUCACUAGGAACUGGAAUUUCAACAUCUUUAUCUGAAAAAUGAACAAACAUUAUUUAUAGUUAAGAAAGUUUAUGCAAAACACUUUGAUGAAUUCUUUAGUGAUAUAUAUGCAGUAUCUGACAGAAGUAAGUACACCCCUCACAUUUUUGUAAAUAUUUUAUUAUAUCAUUUCAUGUGACAACACUGAAGAAAUGACACUUCAGUGUAAAGUAGUGAGUGUACAGCUUGUAUAACGGUGUCAAUUUGUUAACGCAAAUUAACUCAACACACGCCAUUAAUGUCUAAACCGCUGGCCACAAAAGUGAGCACACCCCUAAGUGGAAAAUGUCCAAAUUGGGCCCAAUUAGCCAUUUUCUCUCCCCAUGUCAUUAGUGUUACAAGGUCUCAGGUGUGAAUGGGGAGCAAGUGUGUUAAAUUUGGUGUCAUCGCUCUCACUCUCUCCUACUGUUCACUGGAAGUUCAACAUGGCACCUCAUGGCAAAGAACUCUCUGAGGAUCUGAACAAAAGAAUUGUUGCUCUACAUAAAGAUGGUGUAGGCUAUAAGAAGACCCUGAAACUGAGCUGCAGCAUGGUGGCCAACACCAUACAGCGGUUUAACAGGACAGGUUCGACUCAGAACAGAACAGGCCUCACCAUGGUCGACCAAAGAAGUUAAGUGCACAUAUCCAGAGGUAUGUCCGGAGACCAAGAUAAACUUAUUUGGUUCAGAUGGUGUCACUGGGGAGCUACAGCAAAUUGACAAGCUGAGUUAUUUCUUCAGUGUUGUCACAUGAAAAGAUGUAUGGAAAUAUUUACAAAAAUGUGAGGGGUGCACUUACUUCUGUCAGAUACUGCAUAUAUAUUUUUCAUUAUAUAUAUACAGAAGCAGCUGAUUUAUUGUUUGUUGUGUAGAUGUGAUGGUGCCGUGUACAGCACAGAAAUAACUUUUAUAUUGUCUGAAAUUUGAACAGCUCUCAGUACCAUAUUCUGUCAUGUCUUCCUCAUCUUAACACAUUUAUUGUUCAUGUGUAACAGUUGUGUUGAGUUUGCAAUCUACACUUGCAUUAUAAGUGAGUUUUGACUAACUAGUUUUGUUCUUUUUUUUUUCCUUCUUGUCGUGGAGGAAAAUGUUUGAUUUCCGUUCUGUAGUCAAGAGGCAUCGAUUCAGAUAGAGUGCUGAUUUCCUUGCACUUGUAAAAAUGCCCUGAUGCCAACAUCUAAUACCACAUAUUACUAUGUGACAUAAGUCUAGUGUAUGUUGUUGAUUAGUGUGCAGUAUACGGUGUACGAUGUGUGUUGAUUAACAAUGGUAAAAUACACAAGAUCACAAACUGUCCUCAAAAAAUCACAUUGAUAUCAAAAAUAGCUUUAACGGAGAGAGCGAGGCCAGCUGUGUUGAGCAAGUGCAGUAGCAACAGAAAGUGAAAGGUAAUGUGAAUUUUACACACACACACACGCAUGUGUGUGUGAGCGAGCACUUCAGUUCAGCGAGCACUGCAACACUCACCAACACUCAAGGAAACUGCCCUUCAAACUCAGGUUAUACUCUAUAUUAAAGUUACUGUUUAAAAUUCACAAUAUCUUGAACGUAAAACUUCAACGUACAACGUAAAACACAAGGAGCUAAUUGCUAGAAGCAUCCAACAUCAUCAGAGUUUAUUAUAAAUGUUCCAUUACACCGUGAAGUAGCUUCGUUGUUUCAGUGUCAGUGUGAAAUCCUGCUCAGUCUUUCCACCAGUGUAUCUGUAGUCUGUGGUAACUGCACAUUUACAUUUACUGCAAAUGCAGUGAAUAUGAACUGGCUUUAAAAACAGCAAAGUAUUCCUCUAAUAUUCUCAACUAUCAUCAGCUUUCUGCUGGAGUGACAUAUAAAGCUUUAAUACGUGCAUUUACUUCAUAAAGUCUGACAGUCAGACGUGUUGCACUGUUAUUCAGUGGUGUUGUGUUUUGAUGAACGAUGUAUUAGGACAACGUGCUUGUUUGAGCCGUGACCGUUUACUUAUUUGCACAAAUAACAUCAAACAAGGUCAGGGUGAAAUAAAAAAAAAAGUGAACAUAAGUUUUUAUUUUCUCUCGGUUUUAUUCUUUCUAAAACCUCUUAACUUCAGUAUAAGAGUUUACUAACAGACAAUCAAAUGAUGCCAAAGCACAGUUUGUGUAAAGCUGUUUUAUUUGGCUAUUUUUUAUUUUUUAUUUUAUUUUAAUUUUCAGCCUAAUGACAUUGACAUUGUUUGAAGAUGAUUGAUAUAUUAUCAAAACGAAUUAACCACAUGAUUACCUUACACACAGCAGGUACUCAAAACCAUAAUGUAUUGUUCCAUUUGGACUGACGACUACAGAAUAUAUACAUAUUAACUUCCAACCUGUAAAAUAAAACAUAACUUUGCCUGAGUGGAGAAUAAACUCGCUUGAUGAUGUUCAUCGGUGUGAGGAAAAGUUCUGUUUCCAGUGUCAGUGUUUAUCAAUGCAAAAUGCUUUAAUCUUUUUAAAAUGGCUCUUUGGCAUCUAACCUCAUAUUUUGUAAAAAAAAAAAUAAAUUGUGUAUUGUGCCAAUGAAUGUACAUUAAACUAACAAGAUCA